UCGAGUUUACCAGCUACUGAGACUGCCUUCAUCUCCCCACACAAUGCACUAGCCUCCGGUUCACUUCCAGCUUCUGUGAGAGCUUCCAGAAUGGAAGUACGUGGUCCUCGGAGGAAUCCCAGCUACCUUUCUGAUCUCUAUCAGAACAUGUUACGGGCUGAAGAAGCACGGGGACGAGGGCAGCAGCAGCCCCCAGCAGUCCAUACAAGUAGCAGCAUGACUCUUCGGAGCAGUACCCCAGCCAGGGGAGAUCCCCAGCCAAAUAAACUUCAGAGCAGCACUUCCAACUGUGAUCCAGUAUUACGGCCUAUCAUACGCCGCAGAGCACGGUCUUUGCCUACAUCGUCUGAAAGAAGGAAGCAAGCAGCAGUGCACUGUCAAGUUCCUGGGUGCCAGAGUCGUAUGAACCGGGUGAGAUUUGCUGAUGCUUUGGGCUUGGAGCUCACUGAAGUGAAAGUCUUCCAGACUGGGGAGGAUCCAUCGAUCCCCUUGCAUGUCCUUUCCAGGCUCUCCAUAAACUCAGACCUCUGGUACAGCAGCUUGGACUUGGAGUUUACUAUGCAGUGCUUGGUCCCUGACUUCCAGCAGCCUGCAGACUGUAUGGACUUUUCCUCCCGACUUCAGGAGCAGCAGGUGUGUCUUGAGCGAGUGACUAGCUCAGAUUUGGGGCUCAGUGGCACCAUCCAGGUUCGCAAUGUUGCUUUUGAGAAGCAUGUAUCUGUGCGAUACACCUUUAACCAGUGGAAAAGCCUCCAUGAAGUGUGUGCUCAUUGGCACAGUAGCAUCCCUGAGAAAAACGGGCAGGAGCAGGUUGAUGUUUUCACCUUCUUUCUCCCUGUGCCUCCCUUCCUCCUUCAGCUGUGCUCUGUAGUCCAGUUUGCAGCAAGGUACCAAGUCAACGGCCAGGAGUACUGGGAUAACAACAGAGGCAAAAACUACAGUCUUACCUGCCGGACUCACCCCCUCAAGAUGCCUAGAGAAUGCGAGGAGAGCUGGAUCCACUUCAUCUGAACAAGCGAAGUGCAUGCAGAGCAGCUUGUCAGUAGUCUCAGUGGCACCCUCUUCCCUGGCAUGGCUCUCUGCUCCUAUGGCAAUAGUUUCCUUUUUGAAAGUGCCAUACCUGGUGAAGUGUUCCAGGGCUGGGAAGUGGCCAGUGAACCAUACAAACUGUUCAAAACCUCUCCGAAAGUAAAAAGGGCCAAAAUGUGUAUUGAGUUACAUCCACUGAAAGCCCGUGUGAUUUCUUACUGUAGUGUAUGAGUCGUUGCAGAAUGGUGCCAGGGGGUGCUGUCAGACUACCAGGAUGAAACGAGACACUUCAUGUUGCUAGUAAUGUUCUAGGUUGCAUAAAAUGUGUCUGAUUUAUUUUACCAUUUUGUACUGCUUAUUUUCUAAAUGGACAGUGUGGCUUUACUGGUUUUGUUUCUAAUUUUGUUUAUAUUAUCUCACCAAGCCUGAGUACUGUUACAUUUAUGCAUAAUUUGGAUUGCAGACACUGUAGGGAGUACUUGUAUUUAUAUAUAUAUAUAUUACUAAGACCAUAACCACGUUAAAUAUUUCCAUUAAUAUUUGGGUUGAAAAUCAAAUUUUAUUAUGAGCAGAACAUACAUGAAAAUGUGCCAUCAGCCCCCCCUGUUUCCCUUAAGAAAGGCUUUUUUUUUUUCUUCCUCCAGUGUUUGCAGUAGGCAGCAGGAAUGAUUGUUACCAAAGUGUGUGUAAAGGAUAUCUUUGUGGGGAAGUUCUCAUAUUUUUCAGGUGAUGCACAAGUAGGUUUUUUUCUCUAGAUGGGGGUAUAAGAGUUGUCCUUUCCUUGUGCACCUGUUUCUACUGAGGGAAAUUAGAGCAAUUUUGCACUUGGGUUGCAAUUGCAGUUGAAGAUCUCAAAGCGCUGUAUGAAUGCUAAUGAUCUUUCCACUGUUACUGGUAACAUGAGUUUUUUCAUACAUAUUCAUAACUGCAUGGUAAAUUUAGCUUUAUAUGUACAGCAUAGAUUUUCAGAAGUGGCUGGAUGUAUUAGAAGAGUUGCUUUUUAGGACUGUACUAUGAAAAUCAGGCCACUUAGGCAUCUUAUUUUGGAGUGCUGCUUAUUCAUCAAAAUCACAAGUUGUUUUUAAAAUCACUAUUGUAAGCAACCCACAGCCAAGUAUAUAUUAGUCCAGAAAGUCUACUGAGUAAUUCUGGAAGUGCAGAAACCCUAAGAAAAUCAAUGUCUGAACUUAAUCUUACUCCUUAGUUGUGACACCCAUUUAGCAAAGCUAAGAUGUCAAGUGAAGGAGCUGCCUGCUAUCAAAUUCAUGUUAAUUCUGUGAGUUGCUGACCACCUCUUGCAGAAUACUGAGAAAACUCAAUCCUAUUUGAAACUGUUGAGCAUUGGCUCUGUUGGUUCUGGAGCACUGUGAGGGUGAAUGUUUAAGCUGAAAUUGUUUUGGAGUAGGUGAGGCUGAGGUGCGAUUGCCAGCCACAGAGAGGAAAGAGUGCUGCCUGCUUUCAGUCCACCCGUGUUAACUUUCUGUAUCUGUUUAGAGGAGUGACCAUUACCUAUCUGGCAGCAACUUUUGUCUCCUAGAAAAAUCAGUGCAGGGAAGUCUAGUUCUCCUCAUGUGGCACAAAAAAAUGAGAGCUCUUUUAAGAAGGGGUCCUAUCUAAUUGUAAGGUUUUUUGCCUCCUGUGGUGGGCUUCAUAUGACUGAAUGACAUGACAAUAUAGGACUUAAUGUAUCUGAACUAGUCAACCUGUAUUCUUCAUAGUCACUGGGAAUGUUUUUGCUGUAGUUAGCAGACUACCUGUGGUGUGACAAACUGUAUCAUCUCCUCAGAGUGCAUAGAGAACACUGCAGGACUAGUUCUGGCCGUUCUGCCAUACUGAAAUUCUCAGCGUUAGUGCAGAUUAUGCCAAAUUAUGCCAGAGUUUGUAGAUGUCAAAUUAGAUGAGCUGAAAUACACCUUCAGUGACCGCAGAAGAAUCAUUCUUGGUGUGAAAUGAAAUUGCCUAACUUUACUUUGGUGAAACUUGCUCAUUUAAGGAAUUCCAUGAAAGUUUAUAUGGUAUUGUUAAAGUCCAUAGAAGCAGAGUUUUAUGUGCUUGUCAGUGAAGUAAGAAGAAAAUGAACACACACACACACACACACACAUAUGCACACAAUCACUUGUGCUGAAUAAAAGGCACUAUUUUAAAGUAUUAUUCUCCCCUCUUUUCCCCCUCCUAAAUUACUGUAUUUAUUCCAUCUGCAAAACCACUGAAUUGCCUCACAGCACAUCGUUAAAAAUCCCACUCAGACUGGUAUUUGACACCAGUUUAAAAUGGAUGUUGCUGGAGCCCAGUGCAAUACUUGGCUUACUGUCAGAAAGAUGCUGUUGCAAUCUUCCAGGAGAGACUCUCAUGUGCUAGCAAAUGUCAGAUCUGAGUGUUAUUGCGGGCAGGGACAGAUGAUGUAAAGCUGAGGCUGUCAGGUUUAAGGUUGAUGUCACGUAUACCACAGUGUCAGGGAGAGGUGAGAAAUUAACAUCUCAGCAACGUGAGUUUGGCUUGUACUGUCUUCCUUCCGCAACCUCUCAGGGUAUUUGCAUGUGCAAUAUCUUGAAUACUAAAGUAUUAUUCCAAGUUUGCCUUUUCUCUCUUUGCUUGUCUUGCACUGCUGGAGAAGAAUUGACAGUAGCUGUUACUAAACCAGCUGUCUAGCAUCGCUGGCUGUGAGUUGACCUUUUAACAGAACUGAGAGUGAUCUCUGGGUUAAGCUGUUAAAACGUUCACACCAGUACUGGCACCUGUCACUUGAAACAUUAAAUUUGCACUUACGUUUUCCUGUCACAUUCAGUAGUGAUCAAAAGGAUUCUAGUUGACAAAAAAGGGAUAAAGCCAUUAAGUAGUGGUAAUACGCACCUGUCUUGAAGGUAAACUUAUGCCACCUUUAUAAAUUCUCAGGACAACUUGACUGCUUGCACUGUGUUCAGACUGAGCACUUAUAUAAUGAGGAUUUUUGUAAAAAUGAAUUCUUCACAAGGGUUAUUGCUAUAUAAUGCACUUUUUAAAACCUGUAUUUAUUAUAGUCAUACAAUAAAUGGAUGUAUAGUAGUCCACAGUUUCAAAGUUCUUUCAAGCAUGUUUUUUAAAGAAACAUAUGGAAUCCAUGUAAAUGAAAAGGGGUUUUCUUUCCUUAUUAAUUGUCUUGUCCAGAAUAAAGUACAUUACACAGUAUAUCACUAAAGCACACAUGCUAGGCAAAAGGUCAUUUUGUUUUAGUGGAGAGUGGUACAAUUGCAAAGUGCUUAAUUUUUAAAACAAUAAUAAAAUUAUGGCUAUUGUAAUACAAAAGAUUGUAAUAAAAGCUUUUCACGAAUUGAUGUUGGUUUUGUCAAUGGUACUCCUGUUAACUGUUAAGAACACUCAUGAGGCAACUUAGUGCUGAGUUGUCACAGAGCAACAUAGGGAAGUAAGGUGGGUUUGAGUUGCUAAAAAUGAAUAACACUUCAUAAAAUAUAGUGAUUAGUCUAUAUAGCUGGAAGAAUGACCAGACUGCCAUUUCUGACAUGGAACUGGCUGUAUUUCACCUCAGAGCUCUGUGCACGCAGCACCUGCAGGAUCAAGAUCUAAUGUUGUAAAAAGGCACACUGCUGGUUGAAUGAGGUUUCAUGGAAAAGAAGAGAAAGGAGUUUUCUUCUACACAGCACUUUGCAAAGCUGUGCUAGACUAUAGCUAGUAAUUUCUGAGGUUCACAGUUGUGUUUUUCUAUUUGUUCUUCCAGUUUUCAUUGCUGCAGUCUUUCCUUUCAAACCAUGUUCUUUUCACACACAGGUUUCUUGAAAAUAUAUCUAUACAUAGUAUGUGAAGAGAGUCCAUCUCCACAGUAACUGAUUCAUCCUCU